UUACGACUCUCCCAAGUAUGGCAUCCGCAAGCAGCGCUGCACAGGCCACCUUUGGGUUAGGCCGCAGAAAGAAGAACACCACCGUUCUGGAUCAGCUUGGAAAAUUCUUUGGAGCGGACAAAAAGAAGAAGAGCAAGGGGUCUUUCCGUGGUGCCCUCUCUCCCGGCCCCCAGAAAGCGUCUGCCACAUCCCCUCGUAAGCGGGGGCCAGAGAACGCCGUUGUCCACUUCUUCCGCACCAUUGUUUCUCCUGCCCCCCCCAAGUCAAGGUGGAGAGGACUAGCAACCAAGAUAGGCCUGGGUGACCAGAAGUCUGCUAAAGCCAAGAGGUCCAGUGGAGGAGAUGGCAAAGGCACCCUGACUAGAAUCUUCAAAAUGUGAUAACAACAAAAGUGGGAGCCGCAGCUCUUCUCCAGCCAGACGCUGAAGUUCCAACAUCCCCUUAGAAGAAGCCAAGAACAGGAAUGAGUCACGCGGGCAAGGAGAGGAGGAAAAUGAAACUUUGUAACCUUCAAAACUUACCUAUGAUAACCUCUGAUAACACAUAAUAAGGUAUCAAUCCUGAUGGUCUGCCCUGUUCCCUCCCCCCCACACUGGCUGACACAAUCUGUUGCCUGCCUAUGUCUUUUCGUGAACGUGACCCUGAAGCCACUCUCGUGACCCCGACACCUCCCACGGCUGUAUAUGUGCUUGAGUUUGAUUCCACUAAAACAAAAAUUGUUGCUGAGAAAUGCAGACCAGCAUUGUGAGAGGAAAGGCCUCGUUCCAAAUCUUAACUUGCCUGUAGUUGCUGCUUUAAGUGUGUUUAAGGACCAGGCCGCACCCUCUCUUCGUCUCGUCACCAUAUCUGUCAUGUCCUUACACUCUCCAGGAACUUGUGAUGCAAUUAACUACACUUACAUUAUAGUCAAACCUAAUGAUUUAAUUCCACCUCCCUGUGUCUGCUAAGUGUGAUGUCUUCAAUGUGACCUACUUGUUUGUCAUUUGAAUGGUUGUGGUUAUUGAUUGAUAUUCUCAACCACUUAAAAGAUUUUCCGCAAUGAGCACUGAAACAACACAUAGAUUUGUCUUUUCCAAUAACAGAUACAAUAUAACAGCACAUUGCAAUUUUCCUCUCCGUGCACGUUGCUAGUUUUUAAACAUGUAGUUAAAAGUCAGCUUCUUCUUAGUCUCCAUUUCUGUCUUCAGCCUCUCUUCUUGCCUGCUCAAACUUACUGCUGUUUCCUUUUUAUGGAAUACUGAAACAAACAAAAACACCAUUUCGAAAAGGUGCUCCCUCACUAACUAAGUGGUAGUGAAAGAUUCCAUGGUGCUUCUGUCUGAAACCAAAUAAUGGCUCAUGUAAAUGCAGACCACUUUUAUUCCAGAUGAAUUAAAAUGCACGUGUGUGUGUGUAUGUGUGUGCAUAAAAUAUGGCAUCAAUCUACAAUGUGUGUUUGUAAAUCUACUUCCAAUGCAUCUUUUAAAUGAAUGUAAAGACCCUCCAAUUUAAUAAAUUGAGUAGCCACUUACCUGAAAAUAAAAAUAAAGAAGCCAUAUACCUUGAAAA